AUGGACAUUCCUGAUACCGUUACCAUCAAGGUUCAUGCUAAGGUGAUCACAGUCGAAGGACCUCGAGGCAAACUCGUUCGCGAUUUCAAGCAUCUCAAUCUCGAUUUCCAGCUGAUCACAGACGAGGAGACUGGUAAGAAGAAGCUCAAAAUCGAUUCAUGGUUCGGAACUCGCAAAACAAGCGCUUCCAUUAGAACCGCUCUUAGCCACGUCGAUAACCUCAUCUCCGGUGUUACCAGAGGUUUCCGUUACAAGAUGAGGUUUGUGUACGCUCAUUUCCCAAUCAACGCUUCUAUCGGCGGUGAUGGUCGAUCCAUUGAGAUCCGUAACUUCCUCGGCGAGAAGAAGGUGAGGAAGGUAGAUUUGUUGGAUGGUGUGACCAUUGUUCGAUCUGAGAAGGUUAAGGAUGAGAUUGUUCUUGAUGGUAACGAUAUCGAGCUCGUUUCAAGGUCGUGUGCUCUGAUCAACCAGAAAUGUCACGUGAAGAAGAAGGAUAUCAGGAAGUUUCUUGAUGGUAUCUAUGUUAGUGAGAAGAGCAAGAUCGUUGAGGAGGAAUGA